AUGCAAGUCAGUGAAAAGAUUCUGCUUAUUGUUUCAGCUAUAGUUGCAGCAAUAUCGGCAUUGUUUUGUAUUAUUGGAUUAACAACUCCAGCAUGGACACUUAACUAUGGUUUAUGGUGUUCUUAUUGUCCAUCAUCACCUUCACAGGGCCUUUCAAUUGUUGCCUUUAUUUUAUUAGUUAUUUCCGUUAUUGUACUGGUCUUAUUUCUUCUUAAAGUUUUACCGAAAUCAAUUCGAAUUGUAGUUCUGAUAGUACUUGUUCUUGCAGGUAUCUUUACAUUAGCUGCAUUUGCAGCAUAUUUUGAUGGAAGCACUGGUUAUUCAUAUAAAUUAAUGGUUGUUGCUCAUUUCUUAUGUUAUAUAGCAUCCGUUGUGGCUGCAUUUUGGCUUGGAGCAACAUAUUCAGAAAAUAUCGGACAAGCAGCUUAA